GUCGUCUGCUAGAUACUACUUGCACAUGGUACUUAAAAAAUAUAUCUUUUUAUAUUAAGGUAUAACUAUCUAAGUUAUGAUUGGAAAAAAACGAAAAGCUAGUUUUCAAGCCGAGCAACCAAAUUUAAAGCGGUUGAGGAAAGUUGUUGAAAGUUUAGCAGGUGAAUCUUCAUCAAAGACUGAAACCUUUAUUGUAAGAGAAUCGCUGAGAAAAAAACGACGUAAAGAAGACAGAAAUUUGAAGAAAAUGAGAAAAAAUGCUCAUCGAAGAGGAGAUAGACUUCCGACGAAGAAAGGACUAGAAAUUAAAAGAGAAAAAGAAGUUAGAAAAAAGUUAAGACAAAAGAAAAAGAAGCUGGAACGUAAAAUCGAAAGAGAAAAAAAGGCAGAAGAGAAAAGAUUAGCUCAAGAAGAAAAAGAGCAGGAAGAACACGAAGAAAUGCUUCGUGAGAGGGAAAUUCAAAUGGCUAAUAAAGCUGAUGAUAAAAUUAUUAGAGAACUUGAAAAGAAAUUGCAUAUGACAAAGAAGAAAGGAAAGAAAAAGAUUCCACAGUCUUUUGCCGCCGAAGGACUCGAUUAUUUACUAGAUGUAUUAGAAGGAAGUGGAAAAGAUGGAGACGAUGCUUUUACGAAUGAAGACUCUAAUUCUAAAAACCUGGACAAUUCCGAUCAAGAAGAACUUGAUGAAAGCGAUGAAAUAAUGGAAGAAGAAUUUGAAGGCGACAGUGAAGAUGGUGGCGAUGAAGAGGGAGAAGAAUUUGAAGAGAGUGAUCAAGAAUCGGAGAGUGAAGAUAUUCUUGACGAGGAGGAGGAGAAGCAGGAGGACGAGGACGAUGUGGAUAACGUAAACGAUUUUCAAAAAAAGAAAAAAAAUAUAAACUUGAGUUCAAAAGAAAAAGAAAUAAAAGAUGACAGCAAGAAUUUAAUGAAAGAAGAUAUCUACGGAAGAACUUUUGAUUCUUCCGGUCAAGAAGUAAGCAAAGCUUAUGUACCUCCGGCGCUUAGAACAAGUUCUUCCGAAGAUAUGAAAGUUAAGAGAAAAAUCCAAGGAUUGGUAAAUCGCUUAGGCGAAACAAAUAAAUUAAAGAUAUCGGUAGAAAUUGAACAAGUUUAUAGGGAAAAUAGUCGUGCUAUUGUAACAGAGGCUCUUACGUCUUCUAUAAUCUCAUCAUGUUUACAAAAGAGUCAAGUAGCCCAAAAAUCUAUAAGUGAUUAUAUAGAACUAUUAGCUAUCAUCAGCUCAUCAAUAGGAUUUGAAAUUUCGGCUAUGUUCUUACAGACAGUCGCCGAGAAGUGGAUAGAACUUUGCAAGGACAGCGAUGAGGAAGAUAAAAAGCUACUAAAUUGUACUCAAAUUAUUUGCGCAUUAUAUAAUUUAAAGUUAUUGAAAUCUCCACUUGUACUAGAUUUACUUGGUCAUAUUUGUUCAAGUAAUCAACUUUUUCACGUGGAAGUUAUCCUAAUUAUUGUCACACAAUGUGGUUUUAUAUUAAGAAAAGAUGAUCCUAUAGGCUUAAAAAAUGUUAUUAAUCUUGUAAAAGAAAAAUCUGUUCAGUUGAUUGAUGAAAAUAAGGGAGGAUAUUCAAGAACAGAAUUUAUGAUGGAUUGCCUUUUAGCUGUGCGAAACAAUGAUGUAAGAAAAUUGCCUAAUUACGACGAAGAAUUGAUUCCAAACGUCCUUAAAGCCUAUAAGAAUAUUCUUAAACAAAGAAAUUUAUUACAAGCUAAUCCGCUAAAUGUUCGUCUCGAAGAUAUCACUGAAGCUGAUAAACGAGGUAAAUGGUGGCUUGUAGGCGCUGCUUGGACAGGUGAUAAAUCCACUAAAGAUGUAGAAAAAGAAAAAAUAACAAAAUCUAAAUUUAGGUAAGACGAGGAAAGCGAGAUAAAUUAAAGUAAAUAAUUAACUAUUGAUGUUUUUGUUGAUUAAACAGUAAUAAAGUUAUGAAGCUGGCUGUGAAAUUGAGGAUGAAUACUGACAUUCGCAAACAGAUAUUCUGUUCAAUGUUUAGCGCAUCGGAUGCUGAAGAUGCUGUGAGACAAAUGUUAAGUUUAGCGAAUACAGCCGCUCAUAAAAGAGAACUUAUCAACGUACCACUUGACGUUUUAUUAAGAAGUAAAAAAAAUGAUUGGUUUGUCUUAAGUGUUCUGAAAUCGCUAUCGAACUUUGAUCGAAAAUAUAAUAUCAUUCUGUCAGCUGCUGUAAGAGAAAAAAUUUGUCAAGAGCACGAUAAGGAUGAUACUUAUAAAAGAUUGGCAUUCUUACUUAAUGAACUUUUGUUAAAUGAUGUUUUGAGGUUGAAUAUUUUGAAAGAACUUAACUUUACACAAUUAAAUCCAAGAUUAGAAAAGAUUCUAAUUGAUCUUUUGAAGAAAAUAUGCUCUUUAGAACAUAGGAAAAUUUUGAACAUAUUUUCAAGGGCAACUGAUAAAAUUGUGAAUUACGGACUUCAGUAUUUUACAAGAGCAAAAUUAGCGGAUUCUAUUGAUGAAGAAAUUAUAUUGCUUAUUGAAAAUGGUCUGAAGAUGGGCUUAAAAAAGAAAAAAUUGUAAAAUAUGUGUUUAUGAAGCUUUAGCAUAUGUCAGAUAAUACUUCUAAUAAAUAUUGUAUUUUCGACAAUAAAAAUUGCUUUGUUAACCAUUUCUUCAUACAAUGUAGUAGUUUGUAAUAGUAAAUGUAAUAGUAUUAUGCAGUACUACACUCAGCUGACAACUUGUUUAUAAACUAUAAAUUUAAGCCUAAGUAUUCUUUGAGAACGAUGACUUGUAUAAACUUUACUCAGAG